CCGCACCAGUCGCACAGAGGACGCGCAAAGGGACGGGCGUGUUUGCUGUGCGUGCGCGACGCGUAAGUAGAAAAACUUCUCACAUUUCUUCGCGCACACAGUGGAGCCAGCGGCGUACCGCGGACCGCACGGACCAACAGCCACGGCGACGAGCUGUCCGUGUGUGCGUGCCCAGUGCAACUCAGCUCGUUGCUGCUCUCUGUUCGUUUCAUAGCGUUGCCGCUAUAUCUCUCGCUCGUGUGUGUAUAGUACAGCUCGUACAGAAUCUAUCAGCCACGUUCGUCGAACGAAAUGGAGCUGGAGCAGGCGAAUACGCAGCUGAACACGGACCCGGAUAAAAAGGCCAAGGAGAGUGGCGACGGCCCCGGAAUUCACACCGAUCAUAUCAAUGGCAUGUCCAAUGGUUUUGAUAAAAAACGGGAACACAAGUCAGAUCACAAGGACAAGGAUAAAGAUUCAUCUCAUAAGUCGGAUCACAAAGAUAAAGAGAGAAGCAGAGAUAAGGACAGGAAUCACAAAAGUGAACACAGGGAUAAAGAGAAAGACAGGCAUAAACAUAGUUCAAAUUCAAUAAAGGACAAGGAGAAGCAUGAUAGCAACAGCAAGGAUAAAGACAGAAAAAGCUCCUCCUCCUCCUCAAGCAAAGACAAGGAGCAUAAGAGUAGUAGCAGCUCCUCCAGCAAAGAUAAGGACAAGAGCAAGGACAAGGAUCACCAUCAUAAGUCUAGCUCCAGUUCUAAGGAUAAAGAGAGACAUCAUAGUAGCUCGAGAGACAAGGAUAAGGAUAAGGAUAGCUCGAGCAAAGACAAGGAUAGCUCGAGCAAAGACAAGGACAGGAGCAAAGACAAAGAUAAGCAUAGGCACAGCAGUUCCUUGAAUUCUAGCUCGCGUGACAAAGACAAAGACAGGAGUACUUCGAAAGAUAAUAAGGAUAAGGACAAUAAGAAGCACUCGUCUGAGAAGGACAAAGAAAGACAUUCCAGUUCUCAUGCUUCAAGCGAUAAGGAGAAACAUCGCUCGUCCGACAAAGACAGGCACAGAGAAAGCUCGUCCAGUAGCAAGGACAAGCACCGCCAUGACAAGGACAAAGAUCGCCACCGACAUGAUAAAGACAAAUCGAAGCAUCGCGACGAUAGGGACAAAAAGGAUAAAGAAAAAAAGGAAGUUAAGAUAAAGGAAGAGGUAAACGUUAAUCACACGGUGAAUGAAGAGCAUUAUAAUGCAGAAACUAAAAUCGAGAUAAAAGAGGAACUCGUGUCGCAAGUCGAAGCGGACGACGACGACGACAGCGGCGGUGAACGACCUCUUUACAUCAAAGAAGAAGAAGACGAGGAUCAACCGAUCAAAGAGGAAGACGUUAGUUCGGAUGGAAACGACACCAGAUUGUCGGAUCUUCACAAUACAACCCUAAAAACGGAAGACGACUCGGAAGAAGACAAACCAUUGUCGUCAAGGUCAAAAGUAUCACCAAGCACGAAGAGGAAGAUUGACUCGGAGGAUGAGGAUGUUCCGCUCUCGGCGCGCAAAAAGCCAAAGAAAGCAACUAAUCUGAAAACCAAAAAGAAGAAACGAAAACACGAUGACGAAGACUCUGAAGCUGAGUCUGAUGAGAAACCAAAGAAAAAAUCCAACAUAAAGAAAGAAGGUGCCAGUCCAAGAAAAAAGAAGCAAGAAGAGGAACAAGAAGUUUGGAAAUGGUGGGAGGAAGAGAAGAAAAAUGACGGCACAAAAUGGCACUUUCUGGAGCACAAAGGACCAGUGUUUGCGCCGCCUUACGAACCUCUGCCGCCUAACGUGAAGUUCUAUUACAACGGAAAGGAAAUGAAGCUGAGUCAAGACGCGGAAGAGGUCGCGACUUUCUAUGCGCGUAUGCUGGACCACGAUUACACGACGAAGACUGCGUUCAACAACAACUUCUUUACUGAUUGGCGGGACGUAAUGACCGACGCGGAGCGCGCCAAAAUCACCGAUCUGUCCAAGUGCAACUUCAAAGAGAUGCACGCGUACUUUGUGCAAAAGAGCGAAGAGCGCAAAGCAAUGACGAAGGAGGAGAAGCAAAAGAUCAAAGAGAAGAACGAUGAGAUCCAGAAGGAGUACGGAUUCUGCACCAUCGACGGCCACAAAGAGAAAAUUGGCAACUUCAAAAUUGAGCCUCCGGGCUUGUUCCGAGGUCGCGGCGAACAUCCCAAGAUGGGCAAGCUGAAGAAACGAGUGUUACCGGAGGACGUGCUGAUCAAUUGUUCUAAGGAUUCGAAUAUUCCGAAACCACCACACGGCCACAAGUGGAAGGAAGUGCGUCACGACCCUACCGUCACGUGGCUCGCGUCCUGGACUGAAAAUAUUCAGGGCCAGGUGAAAUACGUUAUGUUAAACCCGUCCAGCAAGCUCAAGGGUGAGAAGGAUUGGCAGAAGUACGAGACCGCGCGGAAACUGGCCAAGUCGAUUGACAAGAUCCGCGCCGAGUAUCGGGAGGAUUGGAAGAGUAAGGAGAUGCGCAUCAGGCAGCGCGCUGUUGCGUUAUACUUCAUCGACAAACUGGCGCUUAGGGCCGGUAACGAAAAGGACGAGGAUCAAGCAGACACCGUAGGUUGCUGUUCGCUGCGCGUGGAGCACAUUCAGCUGUACGAUACAAGCGAGGGCAGAGAAUACGUAGUUGUGUUCGACUUUUUAGGUAAAGAUUCGAUAAGAUAUUACAACGAAGUACCCGUGGAGAAGCGCGUGUUCAAGAACUUGCAGCUCUUUAUGGAGAACAAGUCACCGGGCGAUGAUCUCUUCGAUCGGCUCAACACCACUGUGAUGAACAAACAUCUGAACGAGUUGAUGGAAGGUCUUACCGCAAAAGUAUUCAGAACUUACAACGCCUCGUGGACGUUGCAGCAGCAGCUCGAAAAGCUGACAGACCCGGACGAGACGGAAGCGGAAAAGAUCUUGUCGUACAAUCGAGCUAAUCGCGCGGUCGCGAUUCUGUGCAACCAUCAGCGUUCCGUGCCAAAAACUCAUGCCAAGUCUAUGGAGAAUCUGAAAGCGAAAAUCGAAGCAAAGAAGGAAGCGAUAGCCGAAUACGAAGUGCAGGUGAAGGACGCAAAGAGAGACGCAAAGCACGGCUCGGUGAAGGAGAAAGUGACGUACGAGAAAAAGAAGAAACAACUAGACAGAUUAAAGGAGCAACUAACGAAACUUGAAGUACAAGCGACCGACCGAGAGGAAAACAAAGAGAUUGCACUGGGUACCUCCAAGCUGAACUAUCUUGACCCCAGAAUCACCGUUGCAUGGUGUAAAAAGCACAACGUACCAAUCGAAAAGAUCUACAACAAGACUCAGAGAGACAAGUUCCGAUGGGCUAUCGAGAUGGCGGGUCCUGAUUUCGUUUUUUAACCCAACAAAACUUAGUGAUCGCCCAGACCUUCUCCUUCACCUGUGUACGAUUCUGGAAGAGGAAGACAUUUGCCAUUAACACGUUUGCAUCAGUGAACUAUCGUUCGAGAGGGAAUGUAUUAAAAGAAAAAAAAACAAAAACGUCUGUGAAUGAGAAAAAAACAUGUAGUGUUUACGAAAAUGAUACAGAAAAUUUUUCUACUUAUAAAAAUAUAAAUGUGAGAAAGUGUGGGAACAUAUUUUCUAUAGAACAAUAUAUAUAUAUACACAUACACAUAUAUAUAUAUAUAUAUAGCGCGCGCAUUAAAUUAUGGUGAGAGGUGAACUGUACAUACAUAUAUUCGAGUGAUGUAAUUAGAUAGUACACUUUAUACAAGAACCUGUUGAUCGCGUGUGCGUGUUUCGGCGAUCUUGUCGUCACCGGCGAGUCGUGUCACAUCAUCUUGCUCGUUCGCGCGGAGACGCAAGAGAUCCCAACCUCUCCCGUGAUCGAACUGAGGAUAAUCUCGAAUUGUGUUUGAAGUACAAUUUCAAACAAAAGCUAAAGUGUGCAACGUGACUUGUUUUUAUUUAGGUAGAAAUUUAUUCUGAAACGGGCGUGUGAGAAAGAAUUAGAGAAGAGUAGUUAAAUUGUGUGAGAAGAAAAAAAACACCCUAAAUUUAUUACGCAUAUGUGCAACAGUCAGUGAUCGAUGAUCCCGUAAGAAUCCCGCGGGCGAUCGACACCGUCUUGUGCCAAUUUCAAGACAGUUGUGUCAUUUGUACAUAUACAAAAAAAAAAAAAGGAUGGUGUUUUAAAAAUUGUGGCAUAUACGCGACACCAAUGAUAUUACGAAGAAGAAACUAGUAUAACCGAGGGACAGAAGUAGCUUAUGAAUUUUAUAUUUCUUCAGAGAAGCCACACACACACACACACACACAUAUAUAUAUAUAUAUAUAUGUUUACACACACACAUACAGACUCGCAUAUAAAAGUACAUACACACAUAUACACACACAUACACAUUGUUCUCUCAUAAAUGUAUGAUAACGUCAUUUGAAUAUCAUAUUUACAUUUUACAAGCAUCGUACGAAGACAUUUAUAUGCGUAUAGGAUUAUAUUAUAUUAGACAUAUAUUGCACUACUUUUUUGAUAUGCGACAGAAGAAUAUUUACAAGUCUCGAGUAAGAGUCGCUCGGUUUUCAACGAGUUUUGAGUCAAGCAGAAACUCUGCUGUACGUUUAUUAGCCAAUUUUCGCGAAUCUGGAAUUGUCUUUCCCCUCUCCCUCUCUUUUCUCUCUUGAGAAAGGGGAAAAUAAAUUAGAUAAUGUAUUUAAAAUGCUGAAAUUUUUUUGUGUAUAUUUAAGUGAAUUGUCCUUCUAGCUAUAUUAUUGUUUUAUAUCUAGGCUAUAAAAAAAAAAAAAAAAAAAAUUAUAAUAAUAAAUGACAGUCUGCACUGUCUCCUUUAAUUGUGCUUAGAGUUAUUUGCAUUGCACGUCUCGCGCCGAUCUCGCUCUAGCCGGAUAAACUAAGCGCAUGUACACGCAAUCGUGCUCACUCACUCGUGGCGAUGAUAAGCAUUAUUAAAGCGUAAAUGUUAAGCUUACCAUUCUUACAGUCUCGAGGUUCUGGCGCAUGUGCUUAAUAACAUACAAAAUAUUAUAUACAUAUAUAUACACACACUGCGUCUAGAAAAGCUUUUUUGUUAAAGAAAAAAUUGUUUUGUCUAAUUGCUUUCUCUCGAUUUUCUUAUUUUAGCAACAUGAGCGAAAGUAAAAAGAGAAGUUCUUAUCAGAUUGUCAAUUGGCGCGAGUUUAUAGAGAGAUACGAGAAUCGAAUCUAGUUUUUGUUGUGAAUGACAGGUUUCGUGAGAGGACUAGGAAAUCUUUUUUAUUUGAUUAGAACGAAAAUGCUUAUUUGUGAUUUUUUAUUUAAUUUUCUCUCGAAAUUUUUAUAUCUUAGUGUCUCAUGGUGAUGUAUUUUACGUUAAGUAUCAUUUUCCGAAUUUGUAGAAAAUGAAAAAUUUUAUACGUGGCGAGAAUAGUUUAUAUAAACGUCCGAAUCCGUGUCGUUGUGAUGAUUCCAUUGAUAAAGUUGUACAUACAAAAAUUAAUCUUGCUUGUUUUUCGAUUUGCUGAAGAUAGAGAAGCGUUCGGAAAGAAAGAAAAAGUGAAACGCGAACUUGCACCGUUUAUUUGUUAAAUCAGAAUGCGAAGCGUUUCUGAUGAGAGAAACAAACGUUGCGUGCGUCGCGCAAGCAUAGAUCAUUCGCUUGUGAUUGAAUCAACACAUUAGAUAUAUAUAUUUAAGAAAAUUUGUAAACCCUUUGAUGCGCACACAUUCAGACGUGUAUUAAUUGGAGCAAUGACACAUUUGCCAGAGACAAUUUGCCGCGUUGAGCGUCAGCAACUGUUCACCGUUUAAUGAAACAGCAGAUUUUUCACUCACUCACCCCCCCCCCUUCCGUUACGUUUACUCCACGUGUUCAUACAAAUCGUGUUAUCAGUUGUCAUUAAACACUGUUAUUUAUUAUAUAAUAGGAUAUUGUUUUACACACCGAACUACAGAACGACAGUUGUGACAAUUAGAAGAGAGAAGAGAAACCCGGUUACUUCUCAAAGAGGUCAUAGCUGAGAUUCUCAUAAUUGUGUUUAGACUGAACUUGCAAAGUAUUGAUAUAACAAUAAAAUAUGUAUAUUUUUAUGAAGUGUAAUGAGGCCGCUCUCACAGCCAUUUGCAAUACGAGGAAUAGCAAUUGUAAAGUGUUCGUAAAGACGAGGUGAAGGAAUAAAAAAAAAAAAAAAAAAAAAACAAACAAAAAAGCAAAAAUGCAAUCACAGUGAACGUGGAUCUUCGGAGCACUACUACGUUUUUUAAACUUUAUAAUAAAAAAAGAAGAAACUCAAGUAAGGGUGCAAUCGAUAUUUAGUACAAUUUUGUAGCCCGCCCCUUGAGAGACGGCGGGAGACAUAUGUAUGUGUAUGUUUAGUAAUCAUCUCACACUUCGAUAUAUAAAUAUUAUUGUUAGAAUAAUAAAAGAUCUUAGUGCCGGAUUACAAAAUCGAUUUUAUUACAUAUCCAAUGUUCUCUUUUGUCCUGUUACAAGGGAAAAAAUUUUUGCUUCUGUGCAAUCAGUUUGUGUGUGUAUGUGUGUUUGAGUUUUAUUAUUAUAAAUAACAGAAAGAAAAAGUAUGUGUGUGUACGUGUAUGUGUAAUAAUACUUAUAUCGUGCUAUAUAACAUUAUUGCGCAAUUAGAAGAGAGAGACAAUAGAAAAAAUAAAUUAUAUAUAUAUAUAUAUAUAUUGAUAUUAUAUAUAUAUAUGUAUAUUGACGUAAAUACGUAAUAAUAAAUAAUAUUAAAUCGUGUAAAAACUUAAAAACGAACAUAAGUGUUCUAAAUAUCGUGCGGUAAAAUUCCACGAUACACAAAAAAGACGAUAUCCUCUACUCGUAAAAACACAUUGUCAAAAAGCUAAGAAAUUAGUUGUUAACAAUCGCAAAGAAAAUAAUUGCUUCGUCCUUUUCUGUUUUAAAAACGAUAUAUACGUACAUUUGUUUUUUUCUAUUUUUUUGUUUUAAUAGCGAGUCACAAAAUUCUGAAUUGCAAAAAUAGAAAAGAAGAGUAAUGAUUAAAUCUUUUCAACAAUUUCAACCAAAAAUCUAUUCAAAACAAUUGUAUAAUCGGAGCUUUAGAGAGAUUACAAAGUUAUCCUACGAAGUUACACAAGAAAUUAUCUAAUAAACAAAUAAAAAAGGAUUAUUAAUACACGAUUAAAAACGAAUUCUCAUGUAAAUAAUACGAGCGUUUCUCUUUUUUAAAUAUCGUUAUUCUUAUAAA